GACUUGGACACGCAUGUUCUCAGAUUGACACAUGGCAAUCCACUUCUGGGCCAAUUUAGUUCUUGAACUGUCUGUGGGUCUGUGGGGCAUGGUCAUACAUGGUGGCAUAGAUGGAUUUAGCCGUUUGGUAGUGUUCCUAAGAAUGUCCACCAACAAUCGGGCAGAGACUGUCAUGGACUGCUUUACUGAGGCAACUGCAAAUUAUGGAAUACCUUCUCGUGUCAGAUGUGACCAUGGUGGAGAAAACAAGGAUGUAGCUUUGUUUAUGAACUCUCAUCAUGGUGAGUCAAGGGGAAGCUGCAUUACAGGGAAAUCAGUCCACAAUCAGCGCAUAGAGAGAUUCUGGCGUGACCUCUACACAGGGUGUUCUUUCCGUUUCAAGGACUUGUUUCACAAGCUAGAAGAAGAGGGAGUGUUGGAUUUGAACAGCGGUGUUCACUUGUGGAGUUUGCACUAUAUAUUCUUGCCACGAAUUAACAGAUCUCUGGACCAGUUUGUUCAGGGUUGGAACAACCACAGGCUGAGCAGUGAGCGUGGCAAAACUCCCAAUCAGUUGUUUGUGCAGGGGGUUAUCCAGAAUAGAGGAUCAAACCAAACUGGUGUCAGCGAAAUACUUCAUGAACCAGACAUGACAGAGUACUAUGGUGUUGAUUGGGAUGGUCCAGUUCCACAAGAAGAUGGAGAAGUUGAGGUGUCAGGAUUGCCUUGUCCAGUGAGUAAUGAACGCCUACUUCAGCUGAAGAGAACCAUUGAUCCUCUUGGACACUCAGAAGAUGGCUUCGGAGUUGAUUUGUACAGAAGAACUGUAGAUUUUUGCAACGAGAUAGUAGAAUAGAAAUAACUAGGAGAGUUAUUAGUUUGUGAAUAUUAGUCCAUGCAUCACAGACUAUUAUUUGAAAUAUGUUUCACUUCCUUUAUCAGCUAAUGUGAACUGUAGUUGUUUUUCAUUGUCAGUUGUGCUUCACACUUUCCCUUAAACACCAUUUUCCCCUUUGCUUGAUAUAUAGAUCAUGACUGGCAUAAAACAUGUAUUGAUUUUCAGAUCAAUAGGUCGAAGGUCAAGGUCACAGUGACUCAAAACAGUAAAAUGGUUUCCGGAUGAUAACUCUAGAAUGCUUAGGCCUAGGAUCAUGAAACUUCAUAGGUACAUUGAUGGUGACUGGCAGCUGAUUCCUAUUUAUUUUCAGGUCACUAGGUCAAAAGUCAAGGUCACAGUGACCUGAAGCAGUGAAAUGGCUUCUAACGCACUCACACAAUGACUACGUACAGCCCUGGGGGGCCUGCGUGUUUUACAAACAGCUUUUGUUGAUACAUGUUAUGUAUUCAAUUAGUGAAUAUGUUUGGUUUGACACAUGAACAUAUUGGGUUAGUAUUAGGUUUGUCAAUCUGUUCGGUUAUGCAUGUACUAUACAUUUAUUAAAUGGAUAAAAAAACACCUUAAGUACUAAAAACAAGAUUUGAAAUAUAAAAUAUGUUAUUAAGGGCAACAGAUAAGGGGUGAUAUUUGCAUAUAUGCUCAAAUAAAAAGUACAUUUUUUAGUGUAUGUAACUCUAUUCAAAUUCUUUACUUGUUUCUUCCCACUUCAAAUGAGAAUUUCUGUAUAAUAAUAGGAUGUUGCAAAAAUAAAUUUGAUAUUACUGAAUUUAGCUUAAAUACUUGUCUCCUGCUUUAAAUGAAGAUACGUCGUUUCCUAUGGUAUUCAAUGUUGUUGUUUUUUUCAAACAAAAAUUCCAGCUGGAUUUGAAUUUGUAUAUAAAUAUAUGUUGCAUAACAUGUUUCAGUGUGUCUUUCAGCGCAUCUAUCUGUUGAUAAAAAAUUAUGAGCUUAUGUCAUCACCUGAGCGUCUGCGUUUGUAAAGUUUUGUGUUUAGGUCCACUUUUCUCCUAAAGUUUCAAAGGUAUUGCAUUCAAACAUGGUACACUUACUUACUAUCAUGAGGGCACUAGGCAGCUAAAGCAUGAUAACUCUGGCUGGCAUUUAGACAGAAUAAUGACUUAUGUGCCCCUUUUAUACAUAGAAAAUUGAAUUUUGGUUUAGUUGUGUGUUUUGGUCCACUCUAUUCCUUAAGUAUCAAAGCUAUUGAUGUCAUACUUGCAAAACUUACUUCCUAUCACAAGGGGACUGUGCAAGCAAAGUCAAGUAACUCUGAAACUCUGAAUAGCAUUUUGAUAGAAUU